AAAGUCAAAACCCUAGGAAGGGAUUUGAGUGGCAUAUAUAUAUUCUCCCCAAAUGUUCGCUCAUAACCUCUCGGUUUGUAGCUGCUGUAGAAGAGAGGGAGCGAAAGGAAGCAGAGGACAAUCAUGGUGUCGCUGAAGCUCCAGAAGAGGCUUGCCUCUAGUGUCCUCGGGUGCGGCAAAGGAAAGGUCUGGCUUGAUCCAAAUGAAGGCAACGAGAUCUCCAUGGCUAACUCCCGCCAGAACAUCAGGAAGCUCGUCAAGGAUGGUUUCAUCAUCAGGAAGCCAACCAAGAUUCACUCCCGCUCACGCGCACGUCGUAUGAAGGAGGCCAAGAGAAAGGGACGUCAUUCUGGAUAUGGUAAGCGCAAGGGUACCAGGGAGGCUAGGCUUCCAACCAAGAUCCUUUGGAUGCGAAGAAUGCGUGUUCUGAGGCGCCUCCUCCGUAAGUACAGGGAGGCUAAGAAGAUUGACAAACACAUGUACCAUGACAUGUACAUGAAGGUUAAGGGUAAUGUCUUCAAGAACAAGAGAGUGCUCAUGGAGAGCAUCCACAAGUCCAAGGCAGAGAAGGCAAGAGAGAAGACAUUGUCCGAUCAGUUUGAGGCCAAGAGGGCAAAGAACAAGGCAAGCAGGGAGAGGAAGUUUGCCAGGAGGGAGGAACGCUUGGCCCAGGGACCGAUGGCUAUGGAGAAACCUGCUCCUGCACCAGCUGCUACUGCACCUAAAGCAACUGAGUGAGGUUCCAAGCAAGAAAUCCAAGAAGUGAGAUUGCUGGACAAGUGGAUGAAGGUUUUGGGAGUUUUGUUUCGUUGUGUCUAUUUUAUUUUCUGUAGCAGCAGUUUAGCUCUUACGUUUUGGUUGCUCAAGGCACGGAUGUUUAUUUUCUUGGAUUAUGUUUGUAUGGAUAAUUUUACUUGCUGCCCUUCUAGACUGGUUAAAUAUAUUUGCAGAUUUUACAGAAUAUGUAAAAUGUUGUGGUUUUUGCCUUUUGUCUUCUUUCCUGCUUUACUUGAGUUAUAGAUUACUCUUGAUUCAGCAAUGGUAUGCUGGUUCUACUAAAUUAAUUCACAAGG